GACCCAAAUAAUUGUGCUUGCAGUGAGAAUUGAGAGCAAGCAAUGGAUAGAAGAGAUAGAGGCAAGAUCAGCAGGACUCAGCAAUUCAUUAGAUGUGCAGGGUGAGGAGUUAAGAAUUUUUCAAAAGUUUUAAGUCCUGAUAGUUGGGAGCAUGGUGUGCCAUCAAUAGAAACAGAGGGAUUGGAGGGAAGGUCAGGUUUAGUAGGGGAAGAAGCUGUCUAUCCAGCUGGAGAUAACUCAGAAGCAGUUAGAAAAGGGGGAGUAGAACUAGCAGAGAGAUUGGAGAAUAGAGAUCCAGGUCUGGGAAUUACUUGUUUUGAGGGGAUAAUCAAGCUCAUAUAGUUUACAUGUGUCUUCCAUAAAAGCCAUACUUUGAUGCCUUGUUGUGGCGUGCCAGUAACUCUGGAUUUUCUAAAGCUUUGCCCAAAGUGCCUGUUGGAGCUUUGGCAUAUCACAUUAAGCUGAAAAGUCUUUGAGUAAAAGGUGUGGCAUAUUUUGAGUCUGUGGGCAUCUAACCAGCCUAGGUUACCAGCCUAGGGGAGAGGCUUACUGUCAGUCUGGCCAGUAGGAAAAUUUUUUUGGCCAUGGAGAUCAAGGAAUCACAUCAAAAUACAAAAAAAAUUCUCGAGUCCUCAACUGCUUCUGCAAUGACAGUAACAAAGUUGCAGAACAGAAUGCAGAGAACCAUCAUUAAAAAAACAACAACACAACAACUACUUACAAGGGCUAGUUUCAUUGUUAAUGCUCAAAUUGUGAGUUGUACAAAGACCAAUAGGUUGAUACACUACUGAAUAUCAGGAAACAAAUUCAUAUUGGCAUGAAACCACAGACCAAUGAUUUGCCAAUGAUUUGCACCAAGAACUGGUACAUGUAUGACAGGAAAAGGAAGUGGUUUGGCCAUGUAGACAAAACAAAGAAUAACACAUGGGCAACCCCUCAUCCUCCACAAGAUGUGAAAAGACGCAGAAGAAGGUCUCUAAUCCUUUCGUACAGAGUUUCUAUGGAGAAUUUACAUGAAGGAUUGGACAAGAAAGUUAAGUCAGGUUGUGAUCUGUACUGGAGAGAUGUGCUCACAAAUACACCUCAUGUGAGAGAGCCUGGUGCUGGAGAAGGAAGGCUGGAGGCAGCAUAACAGUAGGACAUAAAUUCAAACACCGACUCUGCUUCUGCCUCUACUACUGCUGACCUCUCUGGGCCUCAGUUUCCUUAUCUGUAAAAUAUUAGGGAUAGCUUCUGAGAUCCCGUCUAGCUCUAUCCAUCUGUGUAUGACCCAGAUAUUGCAGUGUCUGCUGGUAUCAUCAGCACUUCCGUACGUACACAGCGCUUGACCUAAGGUGGCCAACUGUCUACUUGGAGCAGAGUUCACUCCUGGUUUAUUUCACUUCCCCAGGCAGAGACCACGUGUCAGCGCCUACUGGGUUACUAUGGAAACGAAAGAACGCUGUCCCCACCGGAAAUGGUUCCCCGAAAAUUACAAUCCUUCUAAAGGAGGUCAUAGAGAACUAGAGCUCAAAGAAACGUCAGUCAUCCUCUAGUUCAGACCUCUUGUUUUUCAGAUGAGGAAACUGAGGCCCAGAGAGGGAGACGGUGUCCUGCCCAAUGUCACACACGUCGAGUCAGCAGCCUCCUCCCCGAGGUGUUUUAGAACUGGGAUUGUAGUCGGCUCCAAAAGCUAUAACCUCAAGUCCUCUUCCGAUGGUGAUGCUGCCUUAUUGCGUGGCGGUGACCGUGGGCUCCUGAAGGUUAGGUGAGCUUGACAUGGAGUUCGGGCUGGGUGCCGCAGCAGGUCGGUCCGAAGGUUCUGAGUUCAAAUCCUGCCUCAGAUAUUUGCUAGCUGUGUAACCCUGGGUGCAUCACCUAACCUCUCUCAGGCUCAGUCUCCUCGUCCUGUAAACAAUGCUUUUCUGUCUCAUUUUUCUAAUUGUAAAAUGGGAAAGGUAGUAAUGGCACCUACCAGUGACCUGGCAAGCUGGGCCUUGUCCAGGACGUUCCAUCACCGGUGGCCGGCAAGCUCUGCCUCUCUUGCUUACCGGGCUUCCUUCGUCUCAGCUAAAGCCCCAUUAGACUGUGAGCUCCUUGAGAACAGACACUGUGGUCGUUUUAACUUUGUAUUCUUUGGACUUAGUACAGUACAAAUGCUAGUUGACUGACCACCUCACAGGGUUGGUGUAAAGAUCAAAUAAGAAUGACGUAUUAAAGCGCUUAGCAAACCUUAAAGCUCUCUACAAACGCUAACUCUUAUCAAGCUGGGAAGCCUUCAGUAGGGUCCUGAGGACAGGACCUGCCUUCGAGCCUGGCUAGGGAGGUGUACAGAGGCUAGAAAGAUGGCCUGUAGGUGGUGAAUUCUCCAGCCAGGCAGUGAAAGAAGAAAUAAAAAGAACUAAAAAGCCAGAGAUGUGGCCUAGAGUAGCUCUGAGAGAGAGAAAAGCAGGAUCUCUUUUCGCAUUGCCUGAAGCAGAGUGGAACCAAGAGCCCUGCGGACCGCGUUCUCGGGAGGGCGCUUCUGCCAGACGGAACGUUUAGCUUUCCCUCGCGCCCCCCCCCCAGUUGCCAUGGAAACGGAGGAAGGAGCGCGGAUGCGCGAGUGGCCGGAGCGGGGCCUUUGCUUCUUCUCCACGGAGUGGGCUCGAUUAAGUCGCCAAGAUGAUGCUUUCAAGAGCCAAGCCUGCUGUAGGUGGAGACCUACAGCAGACUGACAAGCGGAAGAAGAAAGGAAGAAAGAUUCCAAAACUAGAAGAGCUGCUGUCACAAAGAGAUUUCACUGGAGCCAUUACCUUGUUGGAGUUCAAACGUCAUGUGGGAGAGCAAGAUGAGGAUACUGAUUUGUGGAUCGGAUACUGUGCUUUUCAUCUGGGUGACUACAAGAGAGCUUUGGAGGAAUAUGAAUCUGUGACAAAGGAGGAGGGUUGUAAUCCUGAAGUUUGGGUGAACUUGGCCUGUACCUACUUCUUUCUUGGGAUGUAUAAACAAGCAGAAACAGCAGGCUUUAAAGCUCCCAAAAGUCGACUCCAGAAUCGUCUUCUCUUCCACUUGGCUCACAAGUUCAACGAUGAGAAGAAAUUGAUGAAUUUUCACCAAAAUCUUCAGGAUAUUACUGAAGAUCAGCUCAGUUUGGCAUCGAUUCACUAUAUGCGCUCUCACUACCAAGAAGCUAUUGACAUCUACAAGCGAAUACUGCUGGAUAACCGGGAAUAUCUUGCUCUCAAUGUUUAUGUGGCUCUUUGUUACUAUAAAUUGGAUUAUUAUGAUGUGUCUCAAGAAGUGCUGGCUGUUUACCUUCAGCAAAUUCCUGAUAGCACCAUUGCUCUCAACCUCAAGGCCUGUAACCAUUUCCGUCUUUACAACGGCAAAGCAGCUGAGGCAGAACUCAAGAGCCUGAUGGACAAUGCCUCUUCUUCCUUUGAAUUUGCUAAGGAACUUAUCAAGCACAAUCUGGUUGUUUUCCGAGGCGGUAAAGGUGCUUUGCAGGUUUUGCCUCCCCUGGUUGAUGUUAUUCCUGAAGCUAGACUAAACUUAGUGAUUUACUAUCUUCGUCAGGAUGAUGUGCAAGAGGCUUAUAACUUAAUUAAAGAUCUAGAACCUACAACUCCUCAGGAAUACAUCCUCAAGGGGGUGGUUAAUGCAGCUCUUGGACAAGAAAUGGGUUUGAGGGAUCAUCUGAAAAUUGCCCAGCAGUUCUUCCAGUUGGUGGGUGGAUCAGCUAGUGAAUGUGAUACAAUACCAGGGAGACAAUGCAUGGCUUCCUGCUUCUUCCUGCUUCGACAAUUUGAUGAUGUCUUGAUUUACCUCAAUUCUGUCAAGAGUUAUUUCUACAAUGAUGACACCUUUAAUUUUAAUUAUGCACAAGCCAAAGCUGCCACAGGAAACACCAGUGAGGGUGAGGAGGUGUUCCUUUUGAUCCAGAGUGAGAAGAUGAAAAAUGACUACAUUUACCUCAGUUGGUUAGCACGAUGCUACAUUAUGAAUAAGAAACCAAGACUGGCCUGGGAGCUCUAUCUGAAGAUGGAAACAUCAGGGGAGUCCUUUAGUCUUUUACAACUCAUUGCUAAUGACUGCUAUAAGAUGGGCCAGUUUUACUAUUCAGCCAAAGCCUUUGAUGUCCUGGAAAGACUGGAUCCCAACCCUGAAUACUGGGAAGGCAAGCGGGGUGCCUGUGUGGGCAUUUUCCAAAUGAUAUUAGCUGGCAGAGAACCCAAAGAGACCCUUCGAGAGGUGUUGCAUCUACUGAGAAGCACUGGUAAUACCCAGGUAGAAUACAUAAUCCGCAUCAUGAAGAAGUGGGCCAAAGAAAACAGAGUUCCUGUCUGAGAUGGCACUGUCCUGAUCAUCAUGGUCAAGUUCAAGAGAACCAGAUAUCUCCUUGGGAGAGAAGAAGUUUAGUUUUGAUGUGGAGGGCAGGAUGGGUACUACCUUCAUGGAUAUGUUCUUCCUGUGUUCAUCUGUCCAGAAGAUCAAUGAACCACAUACUUUAGACUAAGCUUUCUGACUGAGCAGAUUGCCAUAGUACAUUAUGGCCCCUGUGUAAUCAUAAUAGCAAUAAUAUCUUGGACUUUAUUGGUGCCUUUCAAAGAACUCAAAUCACUCUGUGUAACACAAACUUAUUUUAAAGAGAAAGUAUGGGCUCCUUUCUAUCUCUACCACAGUAAAGUUCCAUGGUACUGUC